AAUGAUCGGGUAAUUUAAAUAUAAAUCCAUAGGAAAUAUGUUCUAAUUAAUAUUAUUAAUAGUAAUAGCUUUCAGAGUUUUACUUUUAUAUAAUUAUUAUGAAGUAAUUCUAACAAUGCAACUAUGCGAUACAUUAUUUUUACUGUAACUUAGUUAAUAGCAUCAAAUCUUAGAAUAUACAUCGUGAUAAUUACACUGCUGCGCCAAAUUCUCACUAAAACAAAUUGGCGACAUAUAUAUGUAUAUACAAUUAGCUAUUUUCGUGGCGUCCUUUUAUAACUUCUGCUCUGAGCGUCCACGACAAAUUUCUCAGAUUCUAAUGCAACAUGACAAAAUCUUACCUAAUAUGUCCGCUCUACAUUUUAACAAUGGCAGUGGUUCCUGUAUGGUUAGCGUUUCCGCCUAGUUUAAGAUACCCGCUGCCGAUAGCUAUUAACAAAAUUACCGCAGUUAACUUUACAUGCGAUUCUGAUAACUUCAAUGUUUCUGUUUCUACGCAUCUACCAUUUAAAGGGCUUCUGUUUGCCAAAGAUUUUGCGCAGGAGUGUAAAUCGACAGGUGAUUUGUCCAACAAAAUCUUCAUAAGUUUACAUACUUCAGGAUGCGGGGUGCGGCUAAGCUCCAGUUCAACUGAAAACGGAGAUAUCCAAAUGUUUUAUACAGUAAAUUUAGUGAUACAACAAGACAGGCAUUUAAGGCAAAUAAGCGAUCAAGAAAAAAUUGUAAAAUGCCAGCUAAAGGACGAAGACCUUUUACUAAAAAGUAAAGCUUUAGAAAAGACUUUAACCAAUGAAAUAUUAGGAAUCAAAUUGCAUCAAAGAGUCGGACGUAUGAAAGACGAGGGUUGGUCGAAGGAACUAGAAGGAAAACAACUUGAGGAAGAGAUAAACGUAGCUCUAUCUGCUGCACGAGCUUGGAUGGAGAUAGUUCCUGAAAAUUCAGAAGAUAAGGGUUACGACACUUUACAAGUUGGCGAAACUGCUUUGUUAAGUGUCAAAUCAACGUUACCAGCUGGGAUUGGUUGGAAAGUAGUGGAUUGCGUUGCUCAUGACGGUUUGGGUGACUCAUCACAAAAGCUUCUCGAUGAACAUGGAUGCCCUGUGGACGAAUCCUUGAUGCCGGCGCUGAUUUAUGGACCAAUUAGACCAAUAGCAUUGAUGCAUCACCAAGAAGCCUCUACGAGAUUUCCUGCAUUCAAAUUUCCAGAUAGAGAUAGACUGCAUCUGUCCUGUGGAUUACAGCUUUGCAAGGGACCAUGUCCAAAGGCAAAAUGUGACAAUCAAACAGAUGAAAUUCGAAGUCCCAGAGGUUUUUCCCAAAUCACAGAAGGUGAAAUCUUGGAUAGAUUAGAAGUGUUUAACAGUGUCGAAGUAAUUGCGCCAGAAAUCGACGAUCUUAGAAGUGGAGAUAAACUUCAGAGUGGUAAGUGGAAGAAUUGGAUUUGGAAAGGAGUUGUAUAUAGUUCUUUAGUCUACUUUAGUUCUAAGCUAUGUGUAAAAAGCAAUCUUUGUAAACCUAUUUUGUACAUAAAUACAUAUUGGCACUUAGUCUAUUUUCUUUUCCUUUCGCACAUUUCUCUAUCCUUUUUCGUUGAUGAAAUAUUAAUUUAA